AUGUCUUAUGAAAAUAUUUUAGAACCAGAGUUUGUUUAUGAAGAUUUUCAUGAUGGGUAUUUAGAUGGAGAUGUCAAUAGAAGAAUUUAUAGAAUAAAUAAUCCCCCUAAAAGAGAAUUAGCAACAAAACUGUCAGAAUUUUUUAUGAGAGUUUUUCAUCUUUUUAUCUACAAAUCAGGACUUGUAAAUGAAAGAAAUUUUACAUUACAAAAAUAUUUUGGAGCUGUUUCAGUACCAGUGUGUACAAUUGUAUGUUUAUCAGAGUACCUCAGGUAUUGUAUCUAUUUCAUUAUGAAAAUAUUUAAACGAAGAGAGUUACGUGCACUUGGAGUAUUGUUUAUAUCAAAAAAUACAAACAAAAGAAAGGGAUCAUAUGAAAUUGUUUUAAGAAAACCUAGUUAUAAAUUUACAAGAAUUUUUGGUGUCCAUAAACCUAAUGAGAAUUUAAAAAGAAAAGGUUUACCAAAAUUUGUAAAAAAUGUUCUUGAAUCUACAAUGAAAAGUUUAUACUAUGGUAUGAUACCAAAUAUUAAAAGAGGAAAUGAUGAAGAAAUUUUAAUCAAAUGUUACGUUAGAAGAAGAAGAGGAAAAAAAAAUUUACUAGGAACAAAUCAACAUAUAGAUUACCAGUUGCUUAAGAUAAGAAAAAAGAAACGACAACAUAAGAAAAAUGGAACUCUUCCCAUGAUAAACCAGCUUUGUGAUCCAAUUCAUUCUCAAUAUCUUGAUAUGAUGUUAAUUUUCAAAGAAUUUGACAACACCCCAGCAACUCUUUAA